AUGGAGGUGGACGCCGCUAGCAGAUACCGCUCUCGCAUCCUUAGAGAAAUGAAGGCCAACCGCGACAACCCAUUCAACUCACCGCCCGAAUCCACUGGCUCCCACGGCACUGUUACACUGUCCUCUGUCUUUUCCGACCCGGACGGCGAGUCUACGCGUAGACUCAACGAGGACAUUGCUCGUGUCACUGCCCCCAAGAACCUGCCCGUCAACUGGGAGGCUGCUCACCGCAAGUGGCCCGAGUUUUUCGGCAUGCCCAAGACGCGCGAGGUGCCCGUCUUUGAGGACAACACCGACACACGGCCGUUGAGCGCCGAGUCCAAGGAGAACAAGCCUCCUGCCUCCGCCACAAAGUUCCAAGACAAGUUUGCUGACGACACGACAAAUCCCACCUGGAUGGGCUCCAACAGAACCCGCGCUGAGAUGCAGCCUCGCGUCGACAACGAGUCCGACUUGUCUUCACUCAUGGCCAAGUCACCUGCCCGAGCCCUUUCCAACCCCUCUUGGGGCAAGAAUACACACAACCCUAGCCCGCUGUCUAAGGUCCACACGCGGGUAGCAUCAGAGUCCUUGGCCGAGGAGAAGCAACAACGUCGAGAGUCACUCACCAAUGCCCUCAACCGCCUUCGCAGCGCGUCACAAAGCCCCAGAGUUAACCAACGAGACCAGGAGCAACGCGAACGCUCCUCACCACAGAUGUCUUCAGCAAAGUCUAGCCUAACAGCCGUACCUUCUUCGCCCCACUCCAUGGGUAGCCCUGCCCAUAAUGAGAGCAACGCGCGCUCCUUUUUCCUGCCAGAAGUCUCCCACCUGGGUGACUUUGUUGAUGGCACGCUUCAAUUCAGCGGCGCCAUGAGAAAUGGAGUCCCUAUCUUUGUCAAGCAUGGCAGAGUCCACGACCGAUUCGAGAAGCCCUCUCUCGCUAGCCGCGCCGAGGUUGAUGAGCUUGAGGUGCCUGAAGAUGAGGAGAAGAUCUUUGUGUCUAUGGAUAUGAUCCGCGAAGAGAUCAUUUCUCUCCAGGAGCACUACGAUAAGGUGCAAGAAUACGCCGAGAACCUCCAGCAACAAGUUGAGCAGCUAGAGGCUCAGCUCAAGUCGCGGAAAUCCUUUGACCAGGAGUUGGCUUCUGCCCAGGUCAAUGAGCAGCUACUGGCCCAGAAGAACCGAUUGGAGGUGGAAGUAUCAACCCUUCAGUCACGUCUGGAGCAAACCUCGCGAAAGAUCAGCCUUGCCGAGAUUGAGAACGAUGCGAUGGCCCAGGAGAGAGAUCGCGCCGUGAGAAAAUUGCAGGAGGCAUGCGAGGAUAUCAACAAGCUCACACGCAAGUUGAGCACGAAGCAGAAGGAGCUGGAGACCACCCACAAGCAGCUGGAAUCGACCGAGCAGAUCCGCAGCGAGAACGACACUCUGCGACGGGAUCUGGUAUCUUUGAAGCAUGGCCGAGACUCGAUGGACCUUGAGAACAAGUCUCUUGUGUCUGCUAAUGAGACGCUGCGAAAGGAGAAUGCUAGCCUGAAGGAGGAGGCUGAGUCGCUGCGUUCAGACAGCAGCGGCGUUCGCCGGGAACACGAGUCCUUGAUUAGCGAGAACCGCUCGCUGCGGACGAAUAACAAGGCCUUGAUGGACGAGAAUGAAGAUCUUCGGGAGAAUCUCGAUGGCCUCCAGCAUGAGCUUGACGCCGCCAAGGAGGAAGUCGAGGCGAUUCAGCAAGAACUUCAGGCCAUGUUGCAGGAAAAGUCGACUCUCCGUGAGGACAACGAGAGCCUCGUGCGACACAAUGAGAAGUACUUUGGCGAGAACAAGAUGCUCCGACGCGAGAACUCGGGCUUCGAGCGAAGCAUUCACGACCUUCAUGAUGAGAACCUCAAGCUCAAGGAUGAGGUUGAGUUCUUGAAGCAGCAGCUCGAUCACUGCCGCCCUGCCCCUAAGGAGGACUUCUCUGCUCGUCUCGACGAUGAGACUGAGGAGAACAUGACCUCGGCCUUCUUCAUUCCUGACAUCACGAUCAACACCAACACUAACGAGGUCGACGCUGACGGCAACGCCGAGAACACCGAGACCAAGGAGCUUCCUGAGCCCACUGAGGACAGUGCCAAGCUCCCCACGAUUCCCGAUGUGACGGAGGAAGAGACACGCAACACUACCAAGCGUGACGUUACUACACAGAGCGAGCCGAAGAAAUCGCGAAGCAAGAGCAAGACUUCCAAGACCAACCAGCCCCAAAAGGUUGCCUUCUCGAUCCCGGCUAAGGCCUCGCAGAAGACCAGCUCCAACGUGGCCAACCACGGUAGCAAGCGCCGAACAGUGUCUGAGGCUAACCAGCGAAACGCUAUGAAGGGCAUUGCAACCUAUGACAUGGAUACCUUGGAGGAUAAUGAUGAGACGACCGGUCUUCAGUCUGUCGACAACACCACCCAGGACUUCUCUACUCAACUGAGUGUCGUCCCGAAGACCCGUAAGGAGGUCAAGACUCGAGAGCAGAAGCAAUCGACUACCCAGAACACGACUCAGAACACGACUGUUCACAGCGAGCGAUCACAGCACACGCGCUCUCAGUCACGAACGUCUCUGAGACACGUCGUUGUGACCGACGUCACGGCUGAUAGCAUCAAGAGCGUGGACAAGGAUACCUGCCCUGUUCUCUCGAGCGACGCCAAACGCGUUCUCGAUAACCUCUGCGAGCACAACUGCCGCAACUGCACCGUUUGCAGCCGAAUCACUUCUCACCGUGGCGUCCUCUCGUCGGCUGAUGUUGCCGCUGGCAAGAAGCGCGUCACCGUCCCCCGACCGGUCCCUGUUAGUGACCGCGAUCUGUCGGUUGAGGAUCCGACAGUGCGUCCACUUCAGUCGCCCGGCCAUGCGCUGGCCAUGGUCAUCAAGGGUCUGGAGGAUGAGUCUCAUCAUCUCCAGCUCGAGUUGACUCGCAUCCAAGCCAAGUACAAUGCUCGUGACAAGGCUCUUGGUCGCCGUGAGCGUGUGAGUCUUGCUGAGAGCAUCCGUACUCUCCUGAAGCAACUAGAGGCCAAGAACGAUCAGAUCUACAGCCUCUAUGAUGUGCUUGAGGGCCAAAAGGCGGCUGGCCAGGCAAUGAGCGAGGAGGAGAUCGAGAUGACGGUUCUCAACAUCACGGGCAUGACAGUCCGCGAUGUCACCAACUGCAGCGACCAGCUGACAUGGGAGGGUAUUCCUGAGUUGUAA